ACUUGUCCACGCUGCUCUGGCGCUACACAGCCUCGUUCCUCGUCUUGCUCGUCUUCCUCUCGUCAGGGCGCGCGCGAUCCAAUCCAUCCCCGCCGCGGCCAUGGCAGGAAAUCUGGAUCACGCCCUCGCGGCAAUGCGGGCCAUUGCUCCGCCCUUGGAUCCCAAAAAACACAAGGGACAAGCAGGGAAGAUUGCAGUGAUUGGAGGCUGCCGGGAGUACACUGGAGCGCCGUAUUUCUCUGCUAUCUCGGCACUAAAGAUGGGCGCAGAUCUCUCUCAUGUUUUUUGCACGAAUGGUGCAGCAACCGUGAUCAAAAGCUACAGUCCAGAGCUGAUUGUCCAUCCAAUCUUCGUGGAAUCGCAUGAACUUGCGGAUGAAUCCCAGGAAAGUCAGCAAGCGACCAAGAACAAAACUCUCAGCGAAAUCGAUCGAUGGAUAAGCGGUUUUAGCUGCCUCGUGAUCGGACCCGGACUUGGCCGAGACCCUCUCCUUUUGGACUGUGUCUCGGAAAUUAUUCGUAAGGCUCGAGCCAAGGAGAUUCCCAUGGUGCUGGACGGGGAUGGACUUUUUCUCGUGACAAGCGAGCCAGAGUUGAUCUCCGGCUACGCUCUAGCGACGCUGACACCAAAUAUCAACGAGCACAAACGGCUUGCUCAGAAGAUCAAAGGCGCUGAGCACGAAGUUCAAACGGACAAAAUUCCGGACGAGCUCAAGUCCUUGGCCAGCCAACUGGGAGGAGUAACAAUAUUGCAGAAAGGUUUCACGGAUUACAUGAGCGAUGGCACCUCAGUGCUAGCGUGUGACUUUUACGGAUCGCCUAGGCGUUGUGGCGGUCAAGGAGACAUUCUUUCGGGCACUGUCGCGGUCUUUACGUCCUGGGCGAGACAAUGCAAAGGGUCGCCGGACAUGGAAAAGCUGUCACGGAAUCCCUGCAUGUUAGGAGCCUUGGCGGGGUCUGUCCUGGUAAGAAGAGCCGCACAGGACGCUUUCACUCGUCACAGGCGGAGUACUGUCACUGGCAACAUCAUAGAGUGUCUCCAAGCAAGCAUGGACGAGCUGUGCCCCCUGUGACGGUUCUUCCAAGUUGUGAGCAAGCAGCAAACGAAAGAAACAUCGAGUUAAGCGUGAGAUUUCUCAUUCAAAGAAUUAUCGAAAUGGCUUUCUAGAUCUUUGCAGCCGAUGAUCCUAGAAGCCUCACGAGUAUCUCCUUGUACAGCUUACUCCGCAGCACCAGAAUGGAAGUCAUGAAACAGGCGAGAGCCAUGAGCAA